GUCAAUCUCAACGACGCGGAAGAGUCACGAUAAGCCCAUUAUUCUUCUUCCUCUCGCUAAAUCAUUCCUUUCGUCAUUCUGUUCUCACAAAUCUCUCUCGAUCUUCGCCGUCCAUGGCGUCCUCUUUGCUGCGACACGCCUCUUCUUGACAUCCAUUUCUCGCUGGUUUCACUCUCCCACAUUGCUUUGCUUGGGGCCCUACAGAGAGCGAGAGAGAUAUGUUGGGUGGACUGUACGGAGACCUCCCUCCGCCUUCGUCCGCCGACGAAGAGAACCCUAGCGGCGCCAACCCUACCUCCACCGUCUGGUCGAGCAGCGCGAAGUUCGCUCCGCCGGCGCUCCGGAAGCCCUCCAUCACGCCCCAGACGAUCCUCCGGUCCCAGAACAAGCCGAAAGCCCCUGGCUCCGCUCUGCCGCCGAAGCCGACGGUGGCGCAGGUGGUCGCGCCGCUUCCCGCCCUGCAGCCGGAUGACGUGGCGGCCCAGCCCGCGCUGGUGGGGGUCACGUCGACCAUCGUGGAGGAGUACGACCCCGCGAGGCCGAAUGAUUACGAGGAGUACCGGAGGGAGAGGAAGAAGAAGGCGAUGGAGGCGGAGCGGAGGAGGGAGUUGGAGAGGAGGAGGCAGGAGGAGGAGGAGAGGGAGAGGAGGGAGAGGGAGGAGAGGGAAAGAGAGAGGGAAAGGGACAGGAACAUCUCGGGCGAGGAGGCAUGGAAACGGCGCGCUGCGAUGAGUGGGGCAGCUCCGAGGUCACCGUCUCCGCCUGGGAAUGGGGACGGGUUCACCAUUGGGAAGUCAGAGACGCCAGGCUUGGGCGUCGGUGCAGGCGGUCAGAUGACGGCUGCACAGAGGAUGAUGGCGAAGAUGGGUUGGAAGGAGGGGCAGGGGCUUGGAAAGCUGGAGCAGGGGAUCACAACUCCGCUGAUGGCGAAGAAGACGGAUAGGAGAGCCGGAGUCAUCGUAAAUGCAAGUGAAACGAAGCCGGAGAAGAAGGUGAAGAGUGUCAAUUUCAAUGGCCAGCCGACUCGGGUUAUGUUGCUCAGAAACAUGGUGGGCCCUGGUGAGGUAGAUGAUGAGCUAGAAGAGGAAGUCGGAUCAGAGUGUGCAAAGUAUGGCACCGUUACCAGGGUUCUUAUAUUCGAGAUAACAGAACCAAACUUUCCCUCCGAUGAAGCAGUUCGAAUUUUUGUGCAAUUCGAGAGACCCGAAGAAACAACCAAGGCACUUGUCGAUCUCGAUGGUCGAUUCUUUGGGGGACGAGUGGUUCAUGCAACCUUUUAUGACGAAGAGCGGUUCGGUAAGAACGAAUUGGCUCCUAUGCCAGGUGAAAUCCCUGGUUUCUAACAGAUGUCAGAAAUUCGUUUGUCUUCAUGGCUACUUUUUUGGGGUUGGCCAUGUACUGAAUGGCACAACAAAAGAACUGAUGGAGGAUGAAGUUGGUCAUCCGGAAAAAGGAAAAUGAGACAUGGUGGUAAAUGAAGCUUUCUACAGCCAGCUAUAAAAGGGAAAACAGCAUCACUUCAGUAUCCGCAUGCUACGCGAAAGAAGGAAAAUUCGAGACACCAUUAGUUUUGUGUAUUGGCUUCUUGACACUUCUUGUAGAUCUAGUGAAAAGUCUGCGCGAUGCACGGUUCUGGGACUGAUACACAUUAGUAUAUACGACUUGGAUAUCUCUGGAUCAGAUGUGUUUCUGCAUAUUCUGCAGUAUGGUACUCCGUAUCCGUAAGGAGUUGGUUCAGGUUCACUUGCAUGGGGUCGAGAGAUUAGCCUUCGUGCAAUUGAAUAUCAUGAGCUUAUUUUGGAUUUUACAUCGUCUAGUAUAUUUGAAGUUUGCAGAACA